UUUUCUUUGCCCCCCCUCCCCCCCCCCCGGUGAGACGCCUGUUGACGCGCAACCGGUAACUUUACACUUUGAGGACAACAAAAGCGGGAGAUUCCAGUUGUUUCUUUUCUUUUUGCCGGAGUGCGGGAGAUUAUGUCCGGAGCUCCGCGUGCUGCCGCCGCGGAGAAAAGUUUACCGGGAACAGUGACACUUUCGCACCGGCGGGGCUGACGGUAACGCGAGCAGCAAUGGCGGAGCGCGGCGCCUGCGAUGCCAACGUCCUCAGCGUCCCGGUGCCGAUGCGCCGCGGCGGCUCCGAGUCCAACCUGGACGCUGUGGGCGGAGCCGGGGACGACGGAGUGGGCCUGGACUUCACCAAGGGAGCGCUCGGCAUCGACAGCCUGCAGCAGAAGGUCCUCAAGGUGACGGAGCAGAUGAAGGUGGAGCAGGCGGCUCGGGACCAGAACGUGGCCGAGUACCUGAAGCUGGUGAACAACGCCGACAAGCAGCAGGUGGGGCGGAUCCGCCAGGUCUUCGAGAAGAAGAACCAGAAGUCGGCGCACGCCAUCGCCCGGCUGCAGAAGAAGCUGGAGCAGUACCACCGCCGCGUGAAGGACGGCGAGACCAACGGGAAGCCCCACCCCCACCCCAACCUCAAGGAGUCCGGGAGCCACAGCAAAGAGGGCAGCCUGCGGGACGUCAGCGCCGCCGGGCGCCACCCGGCGCUGGACAAGGUGAGGACCAUCGGGCCCGGCGUGUCGCUCUCGCCGCCGUUCUUCUUCAACAAGUCGCGGGAGUUCGCCAACCUCAUCAGGAACAAGUUCGGCAGCGCCGACAACAUCGCCCACCUCAAGAGCUCCAUGGAGUCGGGGGCGGGGCUCCACGCCGACGGCGCGGCGCGGGGCCUGAGCGGCAGCGCCACCACGGUGGCCAAGGCGACCAAGUACCAGAGCGACGACGAGUGCUCCACGGGGACGUCCGCCUCCGCCGACUCCAACGGGAACCCGGCCGGGGGCUCCGGGGCGGAGUCCGGGGGCCCCGGGAGGUCCGACUCCAACGGGCGGCUGGGGGAGGUGCUGGAGGUGGUGCGGGAGAUCAGGGAGGCGCAGGUGCAGCUGGCGGAGGACAUGGAGAGCAUGAACGCGCAGUUCAAGCGGGACUACAGCUGCUUCACGCAGAUGAUGCAGGAGGAGAGAUACAGGUAUGAGCGGUUGGAGGACCAGUUAAAUGACCUGACGGAGCUCCACCAGCACGAGACCAUCAACCUGAAGCAGGAGCUGGCCAGCAUCGAGGAGAAGGUGGCCUACCAGGCCUACGAGAGGGCCAGGGACAUCCAGGAGGUGCUGGAGGCGUGUCAGACCCGCGUCUCCAAGCUGGAGCUGCAGCAGCAGCAGCAGCAGCAGACGGUGCAGGUGGAGAACACCGACGCCAAGGUGCUGCUGGGGAAGUGCAUCAACAUCAUGCUGGCCAUCGUCACCGUCAUCUUGGUGUGCGUCUCCACGGCGGCCAAGUUCACCGCCCCGCUACUGCGCAGCCGGCUGCACAUGGCGCUCACCUGCGUGGGCGUGUCCGUGCUGGCGCUGCUGUGGAAGAACUGGGAACACCUGCAGGGCGCCGCGGAGCGGUGGCUCCUCCCGCGCUGAUCGCAAACUGAUUUUUAAAAAAAAACAAAAAAACGACGUAAACGUGUAUCACUACAGUCCGAAGUACCCGGCGACUAAAAGACGAGUCGGGAUGCGAUCGAUGGGCCUUCUGCUCUCGUCCGGUCAUCGGGGGACAGGAAUCUUCACCGCCGCCGUGGUCGCAUUGGAAAUGCAGCCGGUUAUCUCCUCUCCUGGAACCGAACUAACUAAAUAACUCUCCCUGGCUGCACGAGGCCAGCCGAGAGGUCCUGAGCACCAGCCAGCUGUGACGUCACAACGACACCUCCCCCGGAAAGGUCCGUCCGUACUGUGUUUACUGUUGUGUGUCUGUCCUCCUCGGUGUCUCGUUUAAAAAGGACAUUUUACACGCCGCUGUGAUUGUGCGUCUGUGAACUGUACGUCACUCGUAGCCGGGUCCACGGGGGCGAGGGGGGGGGGGGACGCAGCUACUCGGUCAUUAACUCGUUAUCGCUUGAGGACGCCAAUUAACCCUUACAUUUACAUGUUAACUGGUGAGAACGUUCACUGCAAGCACGUCCAGAUACGGGGCCAGGAGAGGAUUAGCUUUAGCAUGAAGACUGGGAACCAGCCAGUCAGACUCAGUAAUUAACACGUUAUACAUGUUAUUUAAAUACAAUAAUGUGUGCUUUUAUGUGCAGGACUAUUUCUUGACCUUCUGUUUACUCAUGUUGGACCAGGCUAGCCGUCUCCCCCCCGUUUUGCAGUCGUUAAGCGAAGCUAACCAUCAAAUGGUUCUUAUGAGCAUAUUUCCCCAAAAAAUGUAAAAACCUUUCCUGCCUCCUGUCUUGUUGUUUUGAUGCUUUGGGGCUUUUUUGUGGUGUGUUUUUCGGGUAACAUACAAGACGUUUGUGCUUUUCUCUGCUCCACAGAUUGCAGAUUUAGCAUCGACAAGCUAGCCUGUAAACUGUGAGGAAGCAUUGGAAAAACUGGAGAAAAGCUCCAUUACGUCUUGGCUUUUUUUUAAAUUAAAUUGCCUUUUUUUUCCUCUUGAUGUGAAAAGAACAAAUUUACUUGAGUAUAAAGCCUUUGAUGCUGCAUUCAAGUCCUGUGGGAAUAACCACAACAACGUUAUGGCGGCUCAAGGUCCUGACUUGAAAGGAUCCCUACUGGAUGAAACUUGUAUUCAAGCAACAGACAAAUUGCGGUGUAUUGCUGCUUCUACGGUUUAAUUACACAUAUUCACUCCCUUCGUUCUUUUCACACUUGACAACCAAAAGGUGUCUCAUUCGAGGUGAAACCUGCACACAAAGUCUUCAUAUUUUGAUACAUAUGAAUUUUGAAAACGUGGGAGAUGUUCUACUUAAAAUAAUGAUUUCUGUUUCGGCAGAGUAAUUCUGAAAUGUCAGAAAACCCAAGAAAAAGUAGUGGUAUCAACCCCUUAGCGCCUGCUUUUCCCAGGUGACUUGAAUGCAGCGUGACAGUCUUGAUGGAGGGAAGAGCGAUGUAGCUGCUGUAACUCAGUAUCACUGUGAUGAUGAGGGGGGGUGAAAUUGGACUGAAGCCUUGUCAAUGCGGCUUAUUGUCUUCUUUGUAUUCAGUCUGCGUCCCGUCUGAAGCCAAAUAUGGAUUUUUAAAGCACAGCCUUUCUAAGUAACACUGAAAUAGCAUUUGGUGUUUUCUUUGGUGUUUUUUCUCAAAUCGGAUCAAAAUCGUUUUAUGUGCUCUUCAGGAGUUCAGUGCACCUCCUCUCCAAAGCUGAAACUCCAUAAUGUAUAUUUUCAUAUUAUUGUGUCUACUUUUUGUCUUUCUGGUGACGGGGUUCCAUAAAGUCCUCAUAUUUUCAAAUGAGAAAAUAAAUCAGAUUUUGUUUAAA